AUGGAAAACGCCAACGGAUUUGGGAUCGACUCCCUCCUCUCCCAUCGAUCCGGGAGCCCAGCUGUGCCCAAAGGAGACCCGCUCCUGGGAGAAAGCAGAUCCCCGCUGGAACUUAGCCCUCGCUCGGAACUCAGCAGCGGAUGCCUGUCUCCUCCGUCGCCCCGGAGGGAUUGCUUGGAAGCGGCAGCUCAGUUACCCGGCGGCGGCGGCGGGGUGGUGAGGCUGGAAUCUCACCUGCCGGGCCCCCCCAUUUCGGCCGCCUCCGCUCAAUCCAGAACGGUGACCUCCUCGUUCCUCAUCAGGGACAUUUUGGCCGAUUGCAAGCCCUUGGCGGCCUGCGCCCCUUAUUCCAGCAGCAACGGACAGAGCCCGCAGGAAGUCCCCGUGCCCAUUUCAGCCAAGGCCAGCAGCGAGGACUUUCGAGAGAAAAUCGAAAAAAAUAGCAGUAACUCUUGCCUGGAUCCAGACUACAAAGUGAAGGAGGAAGGCGACCGGGAGAUCUCCAGCUCCCGAGAAAGCCCUCCGGUGAGGCUGAAGAAACCUCGCAAGGCGCGCACCGCCUUCACGGAUCACCAGCUGGCGCAGCUGGAGCGCAGCUUCGAGAGGCAGAAAUAUCUCAGCGUCCAGGACCGGAUGGAACUGGCCGCCUCCCUCAACCUUACCGACACCCAAGUGAAAACUUGGUACCAGAACAGAAGGACCAAGUGGAAGAGGCAGACGGCGGUGGGGCUGGAGCUGCUGGCCGAGGCGGGCAACUACUCCGCCCUGCAACGGAUGUUCCCUUCGCCCUACUUCUACCCGCAAAGUUUGGUCUCCAACCUGGAUCCCGGCGCUGCGCUCUACCUGUACCGGGGGCCCAGCGCGCCCCCUCCGGCGCUCCAGCGGCCUCUGGUUCCCCGCAUCCUCAUCCACGGACUGCAAGGGGGCAGCGAGCCCCCACCGCCCCUGCCCCCGCUGGCCGGCGUCCUCCCCAGAGCCGCGCAGCCCCACAGCGCCAAGGUUCCCAGGGGCAUCGCGGAGGCCGAAACUCUUAGCCACGUGACCCAAAUGCAGAGCCCGGAUGUGGAAGAUGGGCUUGAGGUUGGCGGGAUAGGUGGCGUACGAGCGAAUGAAGGACUGCAGGGCUGCAAGACGAGAGGAGCCAAUGAAGACAUCUCAGAGUCGCUCAAAGGCUGGCAGGGGGGGAGCACGUCCCGUCUGGGUUUUAUGGGAGCCUCGUGGCAGAACCUGCCGAUGCCAAUAUGGGCCGUGGAGAAGCCGGGACUGCAGCUCUUGUGCUGGAAACAGCCGCCCCGGCCAGAGACACCCAACGCUUCCGUUCCGCUUAAGGACGCCACUCAGCCACGAAAACUCGCCUGGCGUUGCCCAUAUAAACUCGGGAGCCGGAAGUUCCAACCCUUUUGGGUUUUGGAGCGAGUUAUUUCACAGGCUGAAAGCAUCCGAUGCAUCUCAGAGGCCGGCAGCAGCACACCUGCCCGGUAA